GAACCAGAAGAAGCGCACACGUGUUUCCAACAUGUCUGCCUACCGUGUUGUUGUGCGUUGAGAUUCCAUGAGCUGUUUUAUUUCUUAAUCUACGCAGUAAAGUUAUCGACCUCAGGUGAAAACAGCGUUAAAGGUUCAGGAUGGCUCAGAGAAAGAAGAAAAUGACGAAGAAGAAGAGACACACAGCGGGCAGAGAGCCGGAGGCUGACUCUGACAGCGGGGACUUUGAACUGGCUGCUGAAAUUAAGGACGAUGAUUCUCCAGGAAGGAAACUGCCGCGGUUCCCUACAUCAUCAGACCACAUGUCAGAUGUGGAGCUUGACACCAGGCAGCUGGUCAGAGCCCAAAACAAGAAGAAAAAGAAGUCUGGAGGCUUUCAAUCAAUGGGUCUCAGUUACCCUGUAUACAAAGGAGUCAUGAAAAAAGGAUACAAAGUCCCAACUCCAAUCCAAAGAAAGACUAUCCCUGUGAUUUUGGAUGGCAAGGAUAUAGUAGCCAUGGCCAGGACUGGCAGUGGUAAGACAGCUGCUUUCCUGGUUCCUAUGUUUGAGAAGCUGAAAGCCCCUCAAGCCCAAACAGGAGCCAGGGCCCUCAUCCUGACCCCCACCAGAGAGUUGGCACUGCAGACCAUGAAGUUCACGAAAGAGUUGGGAAGAUUCACUGGCCUCAAGACUGCCCUGAUCCUUGGUGGAGACAGAAUGGACGAUCAGUUUGCUGCUCUUCACGAAAACCCUGACAUAAUCAUGGGUACCCCCGGUCGUCUCAUGCACGUCAUCACGCAGAUGAACCUGAAGCUGCAGAACGUGGAGUACGUGGUGUUUGAUGAGGCUGACAGGUUGUUUGAAAUGGGUUUUGCCGAUCAGCUUCAGGAGAUCAUCCGGAGGCUUCCAGACACCAGACAGACUCUGCUGUUCUCUGCCACUCUGCCCAAACUGCUGGUGGAGUUCGCCAGAGCUGGUCUGACAGAACCAGUGCUGAUUCGUUUGGAUGUGGAUUCUAAGCUCAGUGACCAGAUUAAGCUGUCAUUUUUCCAUCUGCGCAUGGACAACAAGCCGGCAAUGCUGCUUCAUCUCCUACGGAAUGUAGUGAAGCCUCAGGAGCAGACGGUGGUUUUUGUAGCCACCAAGCACCAUGUAGAGUAUAUCAAGGAGCUGCUUUCUUCAGAAGGUUUGGAGUGUGCCUACAUCUACAGUGCCCUCGAUCAGACUGCCAGAAAGAUCAACAUAGGGAAGUUUGUGCAUCGGAAAGCCAUGGUGCUAAUUGUGACAGAUGUCGCUGCUCGUGGUAUAGACAUCCCCCUGCUGGACAACGUCAUCAACUACAACUUCCCUCCUAAGGCCAAGCUCUUCUUGCACAGAGUCGGCCGUGUGGGACGUGCUGGUCGCAGCGGCACAGCCUACAGUAUGGUUUGUCCAGAUGAGAUGCCUUUUGUCUACGACCUUCACCUCUUCCUCGGAAGGCCUGUUCAGUUCGCCACAGCUGAACACGCACAAGAUUCAGAGGGUGUGUUCGGCCGGGUCCCUCAGAGCAUCUUGGAUGACGAAGGCUCUCAUCUCGUCACGGCUCACGAAAAUUCCAUGGACCUGGAAAACCUGCAUCGCGUCUCGGAGAACGCCUACAAGCAGUACCUCAAAUCCCGACCAAACCCCUCACCGGAGUCCAUCAGACGGGUCAAAAACACAGAUCUGUCCAUCAUGGCUGUCCAUCCAUUACUCGGGUCAGGUUUGGAGAAAAUGGAACUGGAGCGCCUUCAAAUAGUUGAUGCCAUCAAGGGUUACAAAUCCAAGUCGACUAUCUUUGAAAUCAACUCCAACAGUAAAACUCAGGCCGGUGAGGUGAUGCGCGCCAAACGCUCCAAGGACACACGGUUGGUGGACAAGUUCAGCAAACAUAGAGAGGACCUGGCUGCAGACAGCCGCCUGCAUCAGCCCGUCAACCCCACCACUGCUGACGAUGAUGACGGCACAGGCAAGGACGAGGACACUCUAAAGGGGGUGUUCUCUGCAGUGGUAGGUGGAAAGAGAAAAGGCCUUCGGGAAGAUGAGGAAGAACGGUCAAAGAGAAGCAGACAGACGGGUAAAGAUGAGGAGUAUUACAUCCCCUACAGACCCAAAGACUUCGAAUCUGAGAGAGGGUUAAGUCUCUCCGGAGACGGCACUGCUUUUGAGCAGCAGGCCUCCUCUGCUGUCCUGGACCUCAUGGGAGAUGAGGGAGACCGGUUGAACCAGCACAAAAAAAUAAUGAAAUGGGACCGUAAGAGGAAACGCUUUGUGACGGACACAGGAAAGGAAGACCAGAGAAAGAAGAUUAGAACAGAUGUUGGUCAGGUCAUCAGUAAGAAGAACAAGAAGAACUUUUACGAGGAGUGGAAGAAAAAAUACAAGGUGGAUGAUGGAGGAUCUGGCUCAGACGGAGAAACUGGAGGAGGAAGAGGAAGAGGAGGAGGACGAGGACGAGGAGGAGGACGAGGACGAGGAGGAGGAGGACGAGGAGGUCGCGGCCGUGGUCGUCUCGGCCCUAACUACCAGAGCCCCGUGCGACCGCAGCAGACGGCCGGCGGCAGAGGAGUGCGCUCCGAGCUGAAGACGCGCGAUCAGAUCCUGAAGCAGCGCAAGAAAAGGGACAAGCAGCAGUUCCUGCAGAGCGGAGGGAUGAAGAAUAUCCGUGCCAAGAAAAAACAGUGGCUCGACGAAGUUAAGAAGUCAGGGUUUGGACGGGGCGGACAAAAGAAAGGCAAGAUGAAGAAGAGACUGUGAGGAUGACGCUGGGCGGGGGGGGUUCUGUAAGAGACUGGAGAUCAAGGACACCACGAGGGGCUUAAAUGACGAAUACAGGUUUUGUCCCGGUCCACCUUGAGUUUCAUGCUGGGUUGUGUGAUUGUGAAUUGCAGGAGGACAAGAGUUGAGAAAAGCAUUUCCAAAGAUGCAGUUCAUCUUUUCCCUUCAUAACUUACUGAACUUUAUAUUUGUCACAGAGUAAGUAAAGAACGAUCCACUGAACUGGAUUUUCUUUUUUCUUUUUAAAAAAAAAAAAAAAAAGUUUGGCAGAAUAAUCUUCUUAAAUGAGUUUAAGUACUAAAAUAUGUCUAUACACAUUAUUAACUGAUGGUAAAAUACAAACGUGAAUGAGGCAAUA